GAGCCGCUAAAGCCAACUCCUCCGACUGUCAAUGAACGCACCAGUCGCCUUCAGCUGUCUGAGAACUGAGCAGCUGUCACUCGAUUUUGUGUACCCAGCUAACAGACACGUACUAUUAGUUCAAGUGCUUUACUUCCACAAUGGCACGUGGGCAUCAGAAGAUUCAGUCUCAGCAGAAAAAUGCGAAGAAGCAGGCUGAGAUGAAGAAGGCCAAGGGUCACGAUCAGAAGACAGCGGCCAAGGCAGCUCUCGUCUUCACCUGUUCUGUCUGCAAGUCCCAGAUGCCUGACCCAAAAACCUUCAAGCAGCACUUCGAGAGCAAGCACCCGAAAUCCCCUCUGCCUCCUGAGUUAGUGGAUGUAGAGGCAUAAACCACCACACUGGAUACUGCUCUUCAAGGCCCUGCACCAACUCUGCACCUGUCUCAGUCAGGCAGCAUAAGAUGAUUUAAUAUAACCAACACGAAGCUGUUAUCUUCAUUUAGGCUUUGAAUGAGCCAUGCUGCCUUUGAUGCAAUCCUCCCCUCCCAUCAGGUCUGGUCUUAGCUUGUGUUUAAGAACGCCAGACACGAAUUAAGGUUUCAGAUCCUGGCUGACUUAAAUCUGUACGACCCCGGAGCAAUCCAGUCUCAGAAUGGACUCCUAACUGCCCUACUGUGUUGUGCACAUAGGAACAUUUCUUGCUGCUAGUUCUUGCACUUUUUAUCUGAAGUUUUGUUGGUCUGAUGAAACUUUUACAUCUAGCAUACAGGAGGAAUAACUUGUGCAGUGUCCUUAAACAGAGCUCACUUUGGCCUGGAUGGGAGAAUUCUAAUUUGCAGGUGUCAAGGCAAUGAAUGAACUCGUCUGUUUUCGCUUUGAGUAUUGAAUCAAAAUGAGGUGGUGAAAUUUUUCUCUCUUAAAUAUGGUAAACCUCCACAGUGCUGUCUGCCCUGUUUUACUACCGUAAUCUGUCAUGAAGCUAAUCCUAAUUUCAUGUUGGCUAAUAAGAAUGUGAAAUUUUGCUAUAGCCAUUUCCAAGCUGCUACACAAGUUGUCGAUUGAUAAAAUUUUAUGGGAGCUUGUCAGCUAAAUUUGUAUGCUUGGAAAUUGAAUGUAUACUCCAACUAUGUAAUAUAGCAUUUUAUUAAAUUUUACUUUGUUGUA